AUGGACAUGCGCUUGAUGCACCACUACGUGACCCAAACAGCGCAAACCAUGAGCUCUGCCCAGCUGUCUUCGGUUGGCGCCAUGUGGAGUAUGACGGUCCCGCAGAUGGCGUUUGAGUACGAGCCGCUACUCCACACGCUGCUCGCUAUCGGGGCCGCACAUCGCUCCAUAAUGGUCCCGGAGGAAACAAAUAAGUUACGUCCUGUACAUCAUAGCUAUAUCGACUCUUCUCUACAGCAGCACCGCCCCCUGACAUAUGAAAAUACCGGGCCGGAAGUUGAAUCCGUCUGUCUUAAUGCCAUUCUUAUCUCUCUUUAUACAAUAUUUCUCCGCACGGAACCCUCAGCCGGACCUUAUGAACCGCCGAUCCUGUGGCUGUCAGUGGCUCGCGGCGUGCGGGUAAUCCUGCAGUCGGUUUAUUGGACUCUGGUCAAUUCGAAGUCAUCACUUUGUCCCCUUUUCUUCGCACAGCCUAGCAUGUGGAACAAGGACCCCAAAUUUCCUUUCCACGACCUGCCCGCCAAACCGUUUCAGUUUUUGCUUCAUUACCGCCUUGAAGAAGAAGAAUGGUGCGAUAAAACAACAGAAGCUUACGGUCAGAGCGUUGGUUACUUAGAAAUGAUGUUCCUUGCUGUUAGUGGAGAGCAACCGGAUUUCGUGAUCCGCAGAAUCUUGAAUGGUUUCCCGCCGGUGGUACCAAGUCACUUCACGCAUCUUGCUUCUGAGGGGCGACCGAGGGCCUUGGUGAUUCUGGCGUAUCUUUUUGCCAUGGCGAAAACCUCGGAGGAUAUAUGGUGGCUCAAAAGCACUCCCGAUCGAGAGGUGCACGGUAUCGACAGUAUUCUGCCCAUUGAGUGGAAGUGGGCAAUGUCUUGGCCUUUGCAGCUCAUUUCGGCAUCACCGGGGACUCGCUGCUAUGAAAUUCCAUUGGCGACCACCUGUUCACCUUCAUCUCCUGCAUCCACUGUCUGA